CCCCACUAGAGAGAGAAGCAGCUUGCCUGACAUUACACAGCAACCCCAUCCUGUCUUGAACAGGAAUCUGAAACGUCUGUUCCAAAUCAGGGGCCUGGCUCCCAAGUAACCUCCAUUUCCUGCUCUUCCUGAGAGGGGUGAACCCUACCUACUGUAUGCAAGGCUCCCCUCCAAGGGCCCUGAGGAGGCUGCACCAGCUUUUCUGGAGCGCCUCUGAAGUCUGCGUUUAGCCAUCAUUCUCCAUGGUGUGUGGACAAGUCACAGAACGGCAGAGAUCCCUGCACGGGCCCCAGCUCCUCACCACGUUGCUUUCCAACCCAUUCAUGCUCCAACCCUUGUCGUGCUGUCUUGGGCCCUGGGGACCACCCUCCCUCCCCCGGAGCCUGGAAGUUGAGGUGCUGGUGCUGGGCUCACUCCAUGAGAAAGAAGUAAUUCUCUUUCUUGAGAGAGUUCUUUUAGGGUGUUAGAAGGACCUGAACUUUCUCACCACUACCCUACUGCCAGCCAACACACCCAUCCUGACAUUGGCCAGGAUCUCUACAUCCUUGGGUCCCCACCUGAGACACUCGGGUCAACCACUACCAUACAGACACACUGAGAGGUGACAUCCCCCCCACUUAACCCCCUCCCCCAAGCUGGCUUUUCGACUCCUCCCAGUAGCCUGGAGGCUGAAACAAGGAACCUCGGAUGCCCCAAUUGUCUGUGUAGUCUCCCCAACUCCUCUGUCCAGUUUCCUCACCCAGGAUAGUAGGGAGUUCAUGGGCCUGGACUUCACAGGGUUGCUGGGAUCCUAGCUUGGGCCUGCAGCCUCAGGCUGCCUACUUCCCCCUACCUGAAACCUUGCACAGGGGAAAAGCAGGAGGCCACACUAUCACUGCUGCCAGGUAAGCAGAGCUGCUCCUGCAUGUGUCCCGGUCGGAUGCAAGAAGGAUGGGAGGGGACAUGCACUGGCACAGAGGUUGGACAGCCUUGUCUCAAAAUGACUUUGAGUGGGAGAGCCCCUGCCCCUCGGUUUGCAGGGACAGUGGGCAGAUGAGCACCUGCCUCUAGGCCACUGGGUAAGACUACACACCAACAGAGCAGUGGUGGAGCACACCUUUAAUCUCAGGACUCAGGAGGCAAAGGCAGGUGGAUCUCUGAGUUCGAGGCCAGCCUGGUCUACAAAGCAAGUUCCAGGAUAGUCAGGGCUGUUGCAGAGGAACCCUGUCUCGAAAAGCAAACAAACAAACAAAAAAAAAAAGUCUAGACACCAAGUGGCAGUACUGAUUGGCCUUGUGAGGGCUUGGACAUGGGGCCACCAGAUCCAUGCCCAGCUAGCUAGGCAGUGGGAAAGGUAAGGGAAGGAGAGUCAGGUCUCAGAAACAUUCUGGCAGCACUGAGCAUCCACCACAGUCAGCAUUUGGACAGGCCUUUCCUCUGACAGCCAGCCUUGGGGGGAAAUUGCUGUGACCCAUCUUACAUACCAGGUCUCAGCCAAGAUCUAGACGUCACUCCAACUGAGCAGAAUACGGGCUGGAGGAGCUUCGGACAGCUGUAGGAGGAUGUGCCAGCGUUGGGUGGGGGUGAACCAGCCUCUCUGGCACUUGGCAGGGGGACCUGCUAGCACCCUGGAAAGGGCUCGGCCGGCCACUCUGGAUUUAGGCGAACCAUGCCCAAGCCCAUCUGACCCUGCUAUGUGUCACCUGCAGCUAGGUGCUGUGUACACAGAAGGAGGUUUCGUGGAGGGCGACAACAAGAAGCUCAGUCUCUUGGGUGGUGACUCGGUUGACAUCUUCAAGGGCAUCCCCUUUGCCACCGCCAAGACCCUGGAGAAUCCCCAGCGUCACCCUGGCUGGCAAGGAACUCUGAAGGCCAAGGACUUCAAGAAACGAUGCCUACAGGCCACCAUCACCCAGGACAACACCUAUGGGCAAGAAGAUUGCCUCUACCUCAAUAUCUGGGUCCCCCAGGGCAGGAAACAAGUGUCCCAGAACCUGCCUGUGAUGGUCUGGAUCUAUGGAGGUGCCUUCCUUAUGGGGUCUGGCCAUGGGGCCAAUGUCCUCAAAAACUACCUGUAUGACGGGGAAGAGAUCGCCACUCGGGGCAACGUCAUCGUGGUCACCUUUAACUACCGUGUUGGACCCUUGGGUUUCCUUAGCACUGGGGAUGCCAACCUUCCAGGUAACUUUGGCCUUCGAGAUCAGCACAUGGCUAUCGCCUGGGUGAAGAGGAACAUUGCAGCCUUUGGGGGAGACCCUGAUAACAUCACCAUCUUUGGGGAGUCUGCCGGAGGUGCCAGUGUCUCUCUGCAGACCCUCUCCCCAUACAACAAGGGCCUCAUCCGGCGAGCCAUCAGUCAGAGUGGUGUGGCACUGAGCCCCUGGGCCAUCCAGAAGAACCCACUUUUCUGGGCCAAAAAGAUUGCUGAGAAGGUGGGAUGCCCCACAGACGACACCGGCAAGAUGGCUAGGUGUCUGAAGAUCACAGACCCCCGGGCCUUGACAUUGGCCUACAAGCUGCCCUUGAAAAGCCAGGAGUACCCCAUAUGGCACUAUCUGGGCUUCACCCCUGUCGUCGAUGGAGACUUCAUCCCUGAUGACCCCAUCAAUCUGUAUGCCAAUGCCGCCGACAUUGACUACUUAGCUGGCAUUAAUGACAUGGAUGGCCACCUUUUUGCUACUGUUGAUGUACCAGCCAUCGACAAGACCAACCAGGAUGUCACAGAGGAGGACUUCUACAGGCUAGUCAGUGGAAACACUCUCAACAAGGGGCUUAAGGGUGCCCAAACCACCUUUGACAUCUACACUGAGUCCUGGGCCCAGGACCCGUCCCAGGAGAACAAGAAGAAGACAGUGGUGGCCUUUGAGACUGACAUCCUCUUCCUGAUACCCACGGAGAUUGCUCUGGCCCAGCACAGAGCCCAUGCCAAGAGUGGCAAUACCUAUUCUUACCUGUUUUCCUACCCUUCACGGAUGCCUGUCUACCCUAAAUGGAUGGGGGCUGACCAUGCUGAUGACCUCCAGUACGUCUUCGGAAAGCCCUUCGCCACCCCAUUGGGCUACCGGGCCCGAGACAGGACUCUCUCCAAGGCUAUGAUUGCCUACUGGACCAACUUUGCCAGGAGUGGGGAUCCCAACAUGGGCAACUCACCCGUGCCCACACACUGGUACCCUUAUACCUCGGAGAAUGGCAAGUACCUGGACAUCACUAAUGAGAUAACUAGCACUUCCAUGAAGGAGCACCUAAGGGUCAAGUUCCUGAAAUACUGGGCUGUGACAUACGAGGUGCUGCCCACAGUGACUGAUGGUGAGGACACCCUCCCUCCCCCUGAAGAUGACUCAGAGGCUGUCCCUGUGCCCCCUGUGGAUGACUCAGAAGCUGCCCCAGCGCCCCCUGUAGAUAAUUCCCAGACUGCUCCUGUUCCACCCACAGAUGACUCUGUGGAGGCUCAGGUGCCUGUCGCCAUUGGCUUCUAAUGUCUUAUAAGCCUUGGCCUCAGGGUCCUCUUCUUAGCUCUUUCUUAAUAAAGUCUCAGCUUUGCCCACCUGGUAUUGGUCUUUGUUCCUAAAACAGCCUGGAGGAAGGAAGGACCCUCAGUCAAUGGUGACAGGCACUUGGUCCGUCCCUGCCAA